CAUCUCCUCUGAAGUAGAAAUGUGAAUCCCUGUGACAGAUGAUGCAACGUCGAAGGGUAAACGAGUUAUCGAGAUCUCCGGCUGAGGAAGAAGCUCUACGAGAUCAGCCCCUUUUCUAUACUUCCAGCAUCCGCUCACCGUCUCCCUCAUCAUCGUAAUCGGACUUUGACCGCCCCCCUGUCUGCCAAUGGAAAUGCCGGUUCCUGCAUUCUUCGAUCACCGUGAUCCGCCAUUCAACGCCAUGCCAUCAAAGUGAAUGUCAUUAACGUGAUUGGGUUGGAGUACAUGCAGGCAAGCUAGAGUGGCAACGAUAAAGGUUUGAUUUUGGGUUUUUGUUUUAAAAAUUCACACUUGUUCCUCUUUUAUUGAAGUGGUUAGAUGCACGAAUAAAAUUAAGUUCCUUUUUCUUUUCUCAUUUUAAUUGUAGAUGGUGCUUUCUCGUAUUUUGUAGAAUUCCUUUUCCACGGUUUCCUUCUCGGCACCCAUUUUAGAGUAGCAAUCUGAUUUUCUUAUGUGAUAGAUGUUGAAAUGCUAUGUGGAAGUUCGUUCAGGGUAGAUUUUGUGUGAAAUGAUUCAAUUAUUAUCAGGUUGUCCAAGGAGAUGUUGUUUUAAAUCUAUAUUCCUCUGAUGGGCAUGGUGGUAUUGUCAGAGAGGAUGGUCAAAGACAUUUCAUUUGUGCUUAUUUUUUCUGUUAUAUUUCUGAGAAAAGCUUUGUACUAUGUUAUAGAAGAGACAUGUUAUCUAUAGAGAGAUGCCGUAUGGUAGUUGCAAAAUAGAAUUGCGGAGUCAUAAUGAAUGAUGAGAUAGUACAUCAAUUAUGCAAGCAAGCUGUUUCUCAAGUGAGUUGAUGCAGGCCAGGGAACACUGGGCUACAUCUAUUGGCAUUGCUUUUACAGCUGGUCUCCUUCUUAUGCAAGGUGCUGAAUAUCUGUUGCAAAUAGUGAAUGAAGCCAUCCCUCAUGUACUUCUCAAGGAUAUUAUCAUGCAUACAAGCUGUUGACUUAUAGAUGUGCAUAUCCUGGAUUGUUGCUUGAAGCUUCAUGAGAGAUGUCCUGUGCAAGGUUGUUCCUGCAUGGUUAAGUUGCCCGCUGAUAAAAGCUGAUCUGAUUCAGGCCUGGGUUGUCCAUGAUCAGCUAUGUUCAAUGGUGGAAAGGUGAGAAUCUGUUCAUGUUGGACUGAUAAAGCAAUUUAGCAGACCACCAGUAGAAUGGUUAUUCUGUGGAUGCAUAUUCAACAAUCACUACCACCUACUACCCUAGCAUCGACUUGGUCAUCCUUGCAGCCCCAGCAACCGUUGACCUUGUAAUCCAUUCUAUCAUCUUAAACUUGACCUGAUCUUUUAGCAUGCCAUUUUGCUUUCUGGGCAAAGCUUCCAUCAUAUCCUGCCUCCUGCCAUUUUGGAUUGACCAUAUUUUGUUCUUAUUCUUUCAACGUAGAAAGCUGCCGCAUGUGGUCAGUGUAUUGUAGGGUGGAAUAUAGCAAAGUUUUGGUUUAGAACGUGCAUAUACAUAUAUGAGAAAAUUGUUUUGUAGCUUUGAUCACAAGUGGAUUUGCCACCAAUCAACCUUGUUUUUCUAAAAAAGAAAAAAUUUGCAAAUCCAGAAAUCAAGCAAUUGUAGUUCCUCAUGUAAGAAGUAAUAAAUCUACGUUUAUAGGCUGGUGAGGCUUCAGAAGGUUCUUCCCCCCCUGGACAAGAAAUGGUUAUGAACGAAUAAAGUUGAGUUUCCACU